GUUCGUUUUCAACAUGCGUGAGGUCAUCUCCAUCCACGUCGGACAAGCCGGAGUCCAAAUCGGUAAUGCUUGCUGGGAGCUCUACUGUCUCGAGCAUGGAAUCCAGCCCGAUGGAACUAUGCCAUCAGACCAACAAGCCGAUGGAGAAUCUUUCACCACCUUCUUCUCCGAUACUGGAAACGGAAGAUAUGUUCCAAGAUCGAUUUUUGUAGAUCUUGAGCCAACUGUUGUUGAUGAGAUCCGCACUGGAACCUACAAGAAGCUGUUCCAUCCAGAACAGAUGAUCACCGGAAAGGAAGAUGCCGCCAACAACUACGCUCGUGGUCACUACACCGUCGGAAAGGAACUGAUCGACACUGUUCUCGACAGAAUCCGUCGCCUCGCUGACAACUGCAGUGGUCUUCAAGGAUUCUUCGUCUUUCAUUCAUUCGGAGGAGGAACUGGAUCUGGAUUCACCUCAUUGCUUAUGGAGCGCCUCUCGGUUGACUAUGGAAAGAAGUCGAAGCUGGAAUUCUCCAUCUACCCAGCCCCACAAGUCUCGACUGCCGUCGUUGAGCCAUACAACUCUAUACUGACGACUCACACCACCCUCGAGCACUCCGACUGUGCGUUCAUGGUCGACAACGAGGCUAUCUAUGAUAUCUGCCGCAGAAACCUCAGCGUUGACCGUCCAAGUUACACCAACCUGAACCGCAUCAUCUCGCAGGUUGUGUCUUCCAUCACCGCUUCCCUCCGUUUCGAUGGAGCUCUCAAUGUUGAUCUCAAUGAGUUCCAAACCAACUUGGUCCCAUAUCCAAGAAUUCAUUUCCCAUUGGCUGCGUACACUCCACUGAUCUCUGCUGACAAGGCUUACCAUGAGGCUCUCUCUGUCAAUGACAUCACCAACAGUUGCUUCGAGCCAGCCAACCAAAUGGUGAAGUGCGAUCCACGCCACGGAAAGUACAUGGCUGUUUGCCUCUUGUACAGAGGAGAUGUCGUUCCAAAGGACGUCAACACUGCCAUCGCCGCCAUCAAGACCAAGAGAACCAUUCAAUUCGUUGACUGGUGCCCAACUGGAUUCAAGGUCGGAAUCAACUACCAGCCACCAACUGUUGUUCCAGGAGGAGAUCUCGCCAAGGUACCACGUGCCGUAUGUAUGCUCUCCAACACCACCGCCAUCGCUGAAGCCUGGUCUCGCUUGGACUACAAGUUCGAUCUUAUGUACGCCAAGCGCGCCUUCGUUCACUGGUACGUCGGAGAAGGAAUGGAGGAGGGAGAGUUCACCGAGGCUCGUGAAGACUUGGCUGCUCUCGAAAAGGACUACGAAGAGGUCGGAGCUGACUCGAACGAGGGAGGAAACGAGGAGGAAGGAGAAGAGUAUUAAACUCGUGCCGCCUGCUCCAAUCUGCAUAAUACUGAACUCGCAUCAAUUUCUGCUUAAUUCGCUUCUUUUUAUUUUUUUCUAAAUUUUGAAUGAAAAGAGUUCCAAUUUCUAUGCUCAUCGCUUGUGUUGUAUACGAUAAAUUAUUUCGAAUC